AUGGCGCCGUGGAUUCUAGGAGACAAGUUCGAUACUGUUUAUCCCCAUCAGGGCUCCAUGAAGGCCCUGUGGGAGAUGAAGUGGAAAUUCCCCUGCACGAAAUCUAUCUAUCCAUUCCACGAUGGAUCCCUUGAAGAUUUCGAGCCUAUUUUUGAGAAGCUGAUUGCCGAGGACAUCAAUGAUGCCAACGAUGAUGCGUAUACCGAGGCCUUUCUGCCCACAGCAUCAGCUCUAGAGAAAGAAGCAGAUGAAGCCCUAAAGAACGGCCACCGAGACCGCGCAGCAGAUCUCUACCGUCGCGCAGCCGUAGUCCUGCGGAUCUCACGGUUCCCAUACGUGAGCCCAAACACCCGCCCAGAGACCUCCAUCAAGCGUCGGGCCUUCGACUACCAGAAGAAACUCUACCUCCAGGCAGCGUCCCUGUGGAACCCAGUCAUCAAAGAGGUGAUGAUUCCACACAAGCACCGCGCCCCCGGAGACCGCGGCUGGGAAAUCCCAGCCCUAAUCCGCGUGCCGGAGGAAGCCAGUGCGCAGAACCGCGUACCGGUCGUGCUGCUCAUGACCGGUCUGGACGGAUACCGUCCUGACAACAGCCAGCGCAGCCAUGAGAUUAUCAACCGGGGCUGGGCGACUGUCAUCGUUGAGAUCCCCGGCACGGCGGAUUGUCCCGCCGACCCUGCUGAUCCCGAGUCGCCCGACAGGCUGUGGUCGAGUGUGCUGGACUACAUGUCUCUGAGACCUGAAUUUGACAUGUCUCGCGUGGCAGCUUGGGGCCUGAGUGCCGGUGGGUUCUAUGCCAUUCGUGCGUCUGUCGUGCACCGGGAUCGUCUGGCCGGCUGUGUUGCCCAUGGACCUGGGGCGCACCAUGUCUUUGACCAGGAUUGGUUGGCCCAUGCUAACGACCAUGAGUAUCCGUUUGAGCUCACGUCCUGCAUGGCUGAGAAGUACGGCUACGCCAGCGAGCCUGAGUUCGUGAAGAAUGCGCAGAAGAAGUUCUCGCUGAUUGAGACGGGCAUCAUGGACCAAGAAAAUUGCCGUCUCCUCCUGCUGAAUGGCGUGAACGAUGGAGUCGUCCCCAUCGAAGACUGUUUGACUCUUAUGAACCAUGGUGGUCCUAAGGAGGGCCGGUUCUUCGAGAACCUGGUUCAUAUGGGAUACCCUCACAGUCUACCUGUGGCUUACAAGUGGCUGGAGAGUGUGUUGUCUCCCAACAUGACCCAAGUGAAGAACUGA